GCCACGGCCCGCGCGCCGCAGCCCGGGGCUGCCGAGCGGUGCGAGCCCUGGCACGACGCGCGGAGCGGAGCGGCCCGCGGCUGAGGUGAGGCGGACGGGGACUCGGCCGCCGCGUGCGGACACACGCCACCAGGGCCGCGUUUAUAGUGAAGUCUGUCAAGGGGACGCCGAGAGCUGGGGACCGCUGGCCAGGCGCGUGCACACCGUCUGCUCCAUCCUGCGUCGCCGGACGCCUGGCCCCGGGGUCGGAGGACGCAGACACUGAACAGGCUUCAAAACAGAAACAGUCUCCGCCAGUCAAGAAACCUCCCAACGCAUUUUGCCAUGGAGCUAGAAGAUGAAGAAAACAUGAGUCCGAGCGGCACAGAUGCUAAGGAAAACCGCGGUGUGGACAGCGUGCCCCCCGGGGACGGCCACGCUCCGGGGCCGGCCGAGGGCUGCCUGCUCUCCAACGGGGGUGGCAGUGGCGGUGGCGCCAGCCGGAAACGGCCCCUGGACGAGGGCAGCAAUGGCCACACCAAGUUCUGCCUGAAGAAGAGGCGGCGGGCGCCGGGGCCGGCCCUGCCCAAGAACGCACUGAUGCAGCUGAACGAGAUCAAGCCCGGCCUGCAGUACACGCUGCUGUCGCAGACGGGGCCCGUGCACGCGCCGCUCUUCCUCAUGUCCGUGGAGGUGAACGGGCAGGUGUUCGAGGGCUCCGGCCCCACCAAGAAGAAGGCCAAGCUGCAGGCCGCGGAGAAGGCCCUGCGCUCCUUCGUGCAGUUCCCCAACGCCUCCGAGGCCCACCUGGCCAUGGGCCGGGGCCUGUCCGCCAACGCCGACUUCACGUCCGACCAGGCUGACUUCCCCGACACGCUCUUCAACGGCUUCGAGGCCCCGGACAGGUCGGACGUGCCCUUCUGCAUGGGUUCCAAUGGCGACGACUCCUUCAGCUCCGGCGGGGACCUCAGCCUGUCGGCGUCCCCCGUGUCCGCCGGCCUCGUGCAGCCUCCGCUCCCCGGCCCGCCGCCCUUCCCGCCGCCCAGCGGGAAGAAUCCCGUGAUGAUCCUGAACGAGCUGCGCCCAGGGCUGAAGUACGACUUCCUGUCCGAGAGCGGGGAGAGCCACGCCAAGAACUUCGUCAUGUCCGUGGUGGUGGACGGCCAGUUCUUCGAAGGCUCGGGGAGGAACAAGAAGCUGGCCAAGGCCCGAGCCGCGCAGUCUGCCCUGGCCGCCGUUUUCAACCUGCACUUGGAUCAGACUCCAUCUCGCCAGCCCGUCCCCAGCGAGGGCCUCCAGUUACACUCACCGCAGGUGUUAGCCGAUGCUGUGGCCCGCCUGGUCCUGGACAAGUUCGCCGACCUGACGGACAACUUCUCCUCCCCCCACGCUCGCAGGAAGGUUCUCGCUGGGAUCGUCAUGACAACAGGCACAGACGUCAAAGAUGCCAAGGUGAUAAGUGUUUCCACGGGAACGAAAUGUAUCAACGGGGAGUACAUGAGUGACCGCGGCCUAGCUCUGAACGACUGCCACGCGGAGAUUAUAGCUCGGCGGUCCUUGCUCAGAUUCCUCUAUGCACAGCUGGAGCUGUACCUGAAUAGCAAAGAUGAUCAGAAGAAGUCCAUCUUCCAGAAGUCCCCGCGAGGGGGCUUCAAGCUGAAGGAGAGCGUGCAGUUCCACCUGUACAUCAGCACAUCACCCUGCGGGGACGCCAGGAUCUUCUCCCCGCACGAGCCAGUCCUGGAAGAACCAGCAGACAGACAUCCAAAUCGGAAAGCCAGAGGUCAGCUGCGGACAAAAAUAGAAUCUGGUGAGGGGACGAUCCCGGUGCGCUCCAAUGCGAGCAUCCAGACGUGGGACGGGGUGCUGCAAGGGGAGAGGCUGCUCACCAUGUCCUGCAGCGACAAGAUGGCACGGUGGAACGUGGUGGGCGUCCAGGGCUCCUUGCUCAGCAUCUUCGUGGAGCCCGUCUACUUCUCGAGCAUCAUCCUGGGCAGCCUGUACCACGGGGACCACCUGUCCCGAGCCGUGUACCAGCGGAUCGCCAACAUAGAAGACCUGCCCCCGCUGUACGUCCUCAACAAGCCUCUGCUCAGCGGUAUCAGCAACGCAGAGGCACGGCAGCCGGGGAAGGCACCCAACUUCAGCGUUAACUGGACGGUCGGCGACUCGGCCAUCGAGGUCAUCAACGCCACGACGGGCAAGGACGAGCUGGGCCGUGCGUCGCGCCUGUGUAAGCACGCGUUGUACUGUCGCUGGAUGCGUGUGCACGGCAAGGUUCCCUCCAACCUGGUGCGCUGCAAGAUCGCCAAACCCAACAUGUACCACGAGUCCAAGCUGGUGGCCAGGGAGUACCAAGCCGCCAAGGCCUGUCUGUUCCGCGCGUUCCUGAAGGCGGGGCUGGGCGCCUGGGUGGAGAAGCCCACCGAGCAGGACCAGUUCGCUCUCACCCCCUGACCACGCGUGCCACCUGGGCCCAGAGCCUCACAUGUGGACUGGAGGCGGGCGUGGGAGUGUCGGGCCGGGGCGGGCCGCCGCUGGCAGCUUGCAGCAUCUCCCCUUUACAGUGACCAAGUGACCGCUUUCAAUCUCAGUUUACGUUAGAAAUUGAGUUCUAUUGAGCAGGGCUUCUUUAAGCUUAGGAAACUAGAAAUUACUUCGUGUGAAAUUCUUGAAUAAAUAAUUUAUUCAGAGCUAGGAACGUGGUUUAUAAAAUAAGUAACUAUGUUCGGUCACUCUUUUGCCACAUUAUUUUAAUAGUAAUAAAAGCACUUCUAGAUGGAGGAGGUGGCAAAGUAGCGAGUAGUGACCUAAAGCAAUCUCCGUGUCCACACGCGCCCCACCCAGCACCCCAGUAGGUCCCCAGCCUGCCUGGGAGACGCUUCUGUGCUCCUGGUAGGGUCGUGGCGUGGAAACCUUUCCUGGAUUUACUUCUAAAUAAUCAGAGAUCACUGAGGCCAUUCAUUGGGGAUUUUAAACAGUAUUUAACUUUGGGGACGAGGAGUCCAUCGCGCCAUAAAUGUCCUGGCGGCUGCUUCCCUCCGAGCCUGGCGGCGGUGAGCACCGCGCAGCGAUCUCCACGGGACGGACACAGAUUCAAGUGCUAGAUACUCAUUUUGGAAAAUACCACUGAAGGCACAUUUUAAAUUAUUCCAUCCAGCUUUAUCAGACGUGUUUGAAAUGUAAGAAGUACGCAGGCUGAAAGCUGACGACACAGUGGGCCUCUGCUACACGGUCACGGCAGGGGAGGAGGUGCUGCUGGCGUCCGGGGGACCCAUGGCAGACAGGACGGCCAGGGCCAGCUGAGCCGGGGGGGUCGGGCCGGAGGGCCGGUGACCCGCCCUGCACUCAGACCCUCGCCUUCCUGCUCCCACUCAGGCAAGAGGCAAUGGUCCCCGCUCAAGGUUCUGUGGGCCCAUGUGUGGCACAGGCAGAGACAGGGCAGACCCCACCCCACGGCGAAGUCCAGGCUGUCGGCACUUGUGCACUGGUGUCCUGUGCCUGUGACGGUCUCAGGAAAUGCGGGACGGGACAGAGCGACCCCUGUCACUCGGCCCAGCCGCGUGCACUCCUGGCGCAGACAGACGCAGCCUCUGAUGUCUCCGUGUCUGCAGGGAGCCGUCCAGGGGGGCACAUCCCUCGGAGUGGGGGGGGGGCGCACGUGGCUGGGGACCGCCCUGGUUCGGGGACAGGCGUAGCCCACACCAGCCUUCUCCCUUCCUUGCAGGGUGCUGCUUGUCCUGAGCCAGAGGUGGCCUCAGGCCCCAGGCCUGUCCCCUCUGCGGGUGUGGUCUGGCUCACGCGCGCUGGGGUUUUAUUUCCAUGGAACAGGAAGGAUGUCUGUGGUGCCAACCUCCCCAGAGCAGGGCUCCGACACACCCAGAAUGUCCUGGGAGGCCGUGCAUUUGUAUUCUCUCCAUAAAGGGUAUUUUUUCUAGUGGGGAUUGGGAGAUGGACUUAGUUUUUUAAAAAUGUGGGUUUUGAUGGCAAACCCAGUGGAAUACAUUCCGUAGACAUGCACCUCCGGUGUGAUAAUGACUGAAGUCCGUGAGUCCCUGCCCACCUCACUGUGUGUGGUCCCUGUGGCCCCGAGCUGUGACCUGCACCUUUCUGGUCACCAUCUGUGGGACCAGCAGGGCAGGCCCCAUGCAGGGCUCAGCCCCGAGAGCCCCCAGGCGCUGCCCCGGAAUCCACCCUGGAAUCCAGAGGAAGGAGGGAGGCGGGGCAGGGUGGGGGUGCC